UUGACCAGGAUUAUAAAAACAUUUCAUUGGCCGACAUAACCAAAAAAAUAAGAACGUUCUUUGAAUUAAGUUCCUUGAUGACACCUAUAAAUACAAACAGUUGGAGACACCAAAAUCCUCAUUCAAAGCAACCCAUAAUUAAUAUUCUUAUUCUUAUUGUAAUCAACAUAUACACUCUUUCCAUUUUUGUAUUUCAGGAAGCUAAGGAAACAAUGGCAUCAGAAGAAGCAGCCCAAAACGUGGCCCAAUUGACUGAUAAAGAGAAAUCAACGAUCAGUGAAAUGAUGAAGGCUGCACAAACAUUGUUGAACAAUAGCAACAUUGACAACACUGAAAGGCAGCUUGCUACACUUUCUGGUGGUAUCAAGAAUUGCCAAGAUAGACCCAUUUUGUUAAACAAAACACUUGACGGGUUCGGAUCUUUCGUUUCGGAUCCUAGUGAGAGUAUUGGUGGGUUUGAUGAUGGUGGGUUUGUGCAUAGAGCACCUUCAUUUAAUAUCCCACAUUUGCCAGGAGGUGGUGGAGGCCCAGGCCCAGUUAUUAUUGGAUGCAAGGCUGCAGUUGUUUAUGGUACUAUGGAUAAGGCUUUGCCCCAACUUGGAUGGCUCUUGGCUUGGUUUAAGCCCCAAAAUUCUGAUCAGAAUAAGGUUUACGUGGAGGCUGGGUUGUUAGAAGAGCUUAUGAAAAAGGAAUGGAGUGAAAUUGAUGCCAAACUGAAUGCAUCCGGCAGUGUAAGUAGCUACGUAGACAGCAGCACCGGUGCCGUAGCAGCCGCACAAAUUGAGGACCAAGCCCACAAUUUGGCUUUGCUUGGUGCUACUUUUUCAACUUUAAUUUAAUUUGAAUAUAUAUAAGGCUUUUCUUUGAUGGAUCUAAUUAAUACUUCACAAUUUAUGUAUCGUACUAUCAUAUCAUUACACAGUCUACUAAUUUAUAAA